AUGGAUAAUCUAGAAAUGGCAAAUUUCUCCUCUGGGGGAUUCUUUGAGGACAUUGAGCGAGACUUGGGUACAAUCCAAAACAACAUCAGAACCAUCAAUUCUCUCCAAACAUCGAUUCUCUCCAGCACAUCGACCUAUCAAGAAUCCCAAACGUCCACUCAAAGAGACGCAUUGGUUGCUCAAACCAGAAAACUCGUUCUUGGCGUACGCGAUAGAUUGAAAAAUAUCGCUACCGAAAAUGCUCGAUGGCCGCCUACGGAUCCUAAUUUGCAGUUACGGCGACAACGGCACGCAUUUUUAAGUGAAAAGUUUUCGAGAAUAUUGGAUGAGUACAGAACGCUUGAAGGUGGAUACAUGAAACAACAAAAGGCACGAAUGGCUAGACAGUAUAAAGUCGUUAAUCCACAAGCAACUCAGGCGGAGAUAGAUAACUAUGUAGCAAAUUCAUCUAACGAGCCCAUAUUUCAACAAGCUCUGGCACAGACUGGCGCUGCUCGGGAUGCGCUAGUCGAGGUACGCAAACGUCACGAUGAUAUCAAGCAAAUAGAAUCGACUAUAGCUGAGCUGGCGCAAUUAUUCGAAGAAAUGCAAUUUCUUGUAGAUCAGCAAGAUGCUGUUGUGGUGGAUAUUGAGCAACAUGUGGAAAGUACUGUCGGAAAGAUUGACAAUGCUCAAGAACAACUGGAUAAGGCUCGGGCCAGUGCUCUUUCAGCAAGGAAGAAAAA